AUGGCAGGAACAGACAACACGAUUGACAUCCCAGCCCUGGGCCGCCCGUUCCAGCUGGGAAUGCUAUAUGACUGCCGCAAAGACUCCCUGAUCCCAGGAAUCACCCUUUGGGACCAUGACUCCCUUCAGAAGGACCUGGAUAUCAAACCCCAGCCCAAGACGGAAUCUGAGAUCAUUGCUUCCGACUCCAUCGAUGAUAAGGCCUCCGCCCUCAAUAUCUCAGCAUCGCUCAAGGCCAGUUUUUUGGGGGGAUUGGUUAAAGUGGAAGGGUCAGCCAAGUACCUUCAAGACACCAAGAAGUCCAAGCAACAGGCCAGAGUCACUCUGCAGUACAAAGCUACCACCAAGUAUUCACAUCUGACCAUGAGCCAUUUGGGAAUCCAAAAUGUCUCUUACCCAGCAGUUUUUGAGCAUGGGACAGCCACCCAUGUUGUCACUGCCAUCUUGUAUGGAGCCCAGGCUUUCUUUGUGUUUGACCGAAAUGUCUCUUCUUCCGAGUCCAUGCAAGACAUACAAGGAAGUCUCAAAGUUAUGAUAAAGAAGAUGGUCACUAAUGAAGGCGAGGCAUCCAUCCACAUGAACGACCAGGAAAGAAACCAUGCCAAUCAGUUCAACUGCAAGUUCUAUGGAGAUUUUUCUCUGGAGAGCAAUCCCGUGACUUUUCAAGAUGCCAUGAAGGUCUACACUUCUCUGCCCAAAAUGCUGGGUACCAAUGGGGACAAGGCUGUGCCUGUCAGAGUUUGGCUGUACCCACUGACCAAGCUAGAUUCCAGAGCAGCUAAGAUGGUGCGUGAGACCAGCUUAGCACUUGUCUAUGAUGCCCAAACCGUCAUGGAGCAACUGAGCGAAAUUGAUAUGAGAUGCAAUGAUCUGUCUACCAAUCCCAUUGCUACCACCUUCCCAGAAAUAAAGUUGAAAAUCAAGAGAUUCCAGGAUUUCUGCAAGCAACACAGGCAGACUUUCCAGCAAGAUCUGGCAGGAAUAUUGCCUUUGAUCCGGGGAGGGGGGGAAGUUCUGGUGGACAUCUUAACAUCCAUAAAUCAAUCACCCUUCAAUGGCCAAAGACUCAAUGAAUUUUUGGACACCAAGGAACAAGAGAUAAACAUGGUCAAGUCUUACCUUGAUAUCCUCAGUGGGAUAGAAACCAUCUCCUCCCAGAAUAAACUGGAAGAGGUAGUGCUUAACCACCAGAAUGAAUUUGUUGUCUCAUUUACAUUCACCUCUUUACACGAUGAGGAACCAUUUUUAACCACUUUACAACACUUUCUUCAGAAACGAUCAGCAGAUCCUACAGGAGUCCAAAAUGCACCGGAGGAGUGGAAUGCUUGGUUUCAGGAAAAAGACAGACUGAGAAAUGCUCGGAAAGCGGCCAAGUCCAUUGUUGAUUUUGCCCAAAUCAAUGAAUCCAAUGGGAAGACUCGAUUCCUUGUGGCUUCUGUCCCAGAUCGGGACAACCCAGGAGUUUCCAUUUACCUCUAUGAAGAUGGAGAGAUGGUCAACAGCAACUUUGAGCUGCCCUCCAAACCUCUCCUUCCCCUGGUUGGCCGAAUUAGACAUGAGAGUGUGCAGCUGACAUUUCAACCAUCUGAGUCCGGGAGGGCUUCAAUCUCCAGCUAUCAGGUAGAAUGCAAGAUUGCAGGAGAAGGAAACUGGGAGAUGGUGAAUACAGACAACAGUCAAGAGACAUUCCAAGUGAAAGGGUUGAGGCCAGACUCAGAAUACCAGUUUCGAUACACCGCUAGGAGCAAACCAGGACUUAGUGAGACUAGUGAUGCGAGUGGAUCUGUACAGACACUUCCUACAAGCCCUCCUGGGAAACCGAAAGAGAGAACUGCAGAGUCUUCCAAAAUCAGUAUUGUCUAGGAGAGCCCAAAGGUCAUUGGAGCUGCUAUCAAGGAGUACAAAGUGGAGUACAGGGGACUGGUGGGCGAUAAGGACGGAUGGAAUGAAAAAAGAACAGGGGCAAGAACAGAGUCCUGUCAGCUGGAUGGGCUGAAGCCUCACAGAACCUACAGACUCAGAGUCUCGGCUGUAUGUUUUGAUGGGGCUGAGAGUGAGCCCAGUGAAGAGACUGAGAUUUCCACAGCAAUGGAAGAAGAAGAAGGGGCAAAAAUUCCAGCUCGAAAAUACCUCCAGGAAAGCACCCUGGUGGAAGAUGGGCAACCAUCGGUGUAUCUACUUCCCCUGGAGGCCACCUCAGAUCGAUCAGCCCCCGUCCAAACAUAUCAGCUGGGAAAAGAGAACAUGCAGGUCCCCAACAAAGUAAUCGUGAUGAUGGGGACCACAGGGUCAGGGAAAACCACUCUCAUCAAUGCCAUGAUCAAUCAUAUCCUGGGUCUGCCAGUGGAUUAAGAUCUGUAUGACCCAAGCGAACAAGAAAAGUCCUCCUCCCUGCGGGCCAGAUUUAGGAAGUUUGUUUGCUUCUGAUGCCCAUCUGCACCCGGGCAUCUGGCAGCUGUUACCAAGUGUUUUAAAUAAGGGCGUAUUUUCUAAAUUGUUGCACACACCUUCCGAUUGCUUUUGGCUAUCAGUAGUGAUUUCAAGUUAUAGGGCUGUUAAUUAGACCAGAGUUGGGAUAUGGGGGGGGGGCUGGCAGAUUCUUCACACUGCCUCUUGUCCAGCUGCUUCUCCCCCACCUCCCAGGAAACCCGCAGCAGCCAUGUUUGCUGCUUUAGCUAAAUUUGCAUUAUUUCCUCACUUGGCUUUGAGGUCUGUCACCUGGCAGGUGAUCUGGGGCGUUUAGGUAGGUACUGAAAAUGCUUUGCGCUUGGGCUAUUGACCCAACUUUGUAUACAAGUUCCACAUUCUGAUUUAUAGGUAGAGGUGAAAAUUUGGGUCUCUGAGCAAAUUGAGAUGAUGGUUGGCUGGGGAACACCCUGGUGAUGUGCUUUCUGUCAUGCCCAAGCAACCUAUUAACCAAAAUUAGAAUAGAAUUUAAAAAAAGAGGAGUUACUCCCAAACUACACCCUUACUUUUGACUACCCAGCAUCUCACCUCCCUCCAUCUUACAUUUUCCUGGAACAAAACUCUUAGAAGGUAUUCCUUUUGACGCUUCCAUUCCCAUCAGUCCCAAUUGGCGAUGGUGACUGGGUUAUAGGGUUGUGUGGUAUUCUCAUAUGGGAGGAGGAGGAGAACAUCACACAAGGAAUGUGAACAGGGCCUCAUAUACUGCAGAAGGGUCCUUUGUACCCACCUCAGCAUAAGAUGGUGGCUGGAAGUCGUUCUCUAUAUGUGCCUUCCAUUUUAUUUUAUUUUUAAUUUUGGAAACUUCAGCUGAUC